CCUCUCAUUACCUAAAACACACAUUCUUCAUUCAUUUAUCUUCCCUUUUUCCCCUAUCUAAUAGGGUUCCCAUGUCCUUGUAGCUCAAACAUCUCUCAUGAAUUCUUGUUUUUCUGAUAUAUACAGUUUUUUUCUGGUGUUUAUCUUCUCGGGCUCUCUCUUUUUUUCUCUCUUUGGAGGGUUUUUGGGUGGAUUUUACCUCUCAGGGUUUUUUGAGCUGCUUCCAUGUCUAAGGUCUUUGGAUUUGCUGGUGAAAAUGAUUUUUGCCCUGGGGGGCCAAUUUACACAAACCAUAAGGAGCAGAACCUCUUUUUGGCUAUCGGCCGUCCUGUGGACGUGUACUUUACUUCACGCAAGAGGUCUCGCAUCAGUGCUCCAUUUGUCUUCACCGAAGAGAGAUUUGAGCAGAAAAAGCAAGCUUCUAUUGAAGUUUUGCCAGAUGAAUGCCUCUUUGAAAUCUUCAGACGCUUGCCUGGAGGCGAUGAGAGAGGUGCCUGUGCAUGUGUUUCAAAGCGUUGGCUUAGUCUUCUAAGCAAUAUCUGCAAGGAUGAGCUUUGCAGGCAGAACGAAUCAGCUAAAAAGAACACUCAAGUGAAAAGUGAGGUUGAAGAUGAGGAAAUUGAGGGUGAUGGAUAUCUGUCCAGGAGCCUGGAGGGGAAAAAGGCCACAGAUAUUAGACUUGCAGCCAUUGCUGUUGGAACUGCUAGUCGGGGAGGAUUGGGCAAGCUUUUUAUCCGUGGAAGCAAUUCCAGUCAAGGAGUGACAAAGGUAGGCCUGAGAGCAAUUGCUCGGGGAUGCCCAUCUCUGAAGGUUCUUUCCCUGUGGAAUUUGCCAUCUGUUGGGGAUGAAGGUCUAUCAGAGAUUGCAAAUGGCUGUCACCAGCUAGAGAAGCUAGAUCUUUUCCAAUGCCCUGCAAUUACUGACAAGGGUUUGCUUGCAAUCGCAAAGAGCUGCCCCAAUCUGACUGAUCUAGUGAUAGAAUCUUGCACAAACAUUGGUAAUGAAGGUCUGCAAGCUGUUGGCCAACAUUGCACCAAUCUGAAGUCCAUUUCAAUUAAAAACUGCCCAGCUAUUGGGGAUCAAGGAAUUGCAGCCCUAGUAUCUUCCGCCACAAAUGUUUUGACAAAGGUGAAGCUCCAAGCUUUGAACAUCACUGACGUGUCCCUGGCUGUUGUUGGACACUAUGGCAAGGCAGUAACUGAUCUUUUUCUGACAAGCCUCUCAAAUGUCAGCGAGAGGGGUUUUUGGGUCAUGGGUAAUGGCCAAGGGUUGCAGAAGUUGAAGUCCAUGACAAUUGCAUCCUGUGUGGGAUUGACAGAUACUGGACUUGAAGCUGUGGGAAAGGGUUGCCCAAAUUUGAAACAGUUCAACCUCCACAAGUGUUCCUUCUUAUCUGACAAUGGACUCGUCUCAUUUGCAAAAUCUGCAGUGUCACUCGAGAGCCUGCUUUUAGAGGAGUGCCACAGGAUCACCCAAUUUGGGUUUUUUGGUUCCCUUUUAAACUGUGGUGCAAAUCUGAAGGCUGCUUCUCUCGUGAACUGCUUUGGGAUUAAGGACUUAAAGCUAGACUUGCCUGAGCUGUCUCCUUGCAAAUCCCUGCGAUCAUUGUCCAUCCGCAACUGCCCUGGUUUUGGUGAUGGUAGUCUUGCUUUGUUGGGUAAGUUGUGCCCACAACUGCAGAAUGUGGAAUUGAGUGGGCUUCAGGGAGUAACUGAUGCUGGGUUUCUCCCAGUGCUUGAGAACUGUGAGGCUGGCCUGGUGAAGGUUAACCUCAGUGGUUGUGUCAAUUUGUCCGACAAAGUGGUGUCAAUGAUGACUGAGCAGCAUGGUUGGACUCUUGAAGUGCUAAAUCUUGAUGGAUGCAGGAGGAUAACCGAUGCAAGUUUGGUGGCAAUAGCAGAAAACUGUUUCUUGCUAUCUGACCUUGAUGUCUCAAAGUGUGCAACCACUGAUUCUGGUAUUGCAGCCAUGGCUCGCUCAAACCAGCUCAAUCUGCAGGUCCUCUCUAUGUCAGGUUGCUCUAUGAUAUCAGAUAAGAGCUUGCUUGCCCUCAUAAAACUGGGUCGGACCCUCUUGGGGUUGAAUCUCCAGCACUGCAAUGCUAUUAGCAGCAGCACUGUUGAUGUGCUUGUGGAGAGGUUAUGGAGGUGCGAUAUUCUUUCCUAAUUGGGGAAAGGUUAAAAACUUAAUCCAAGAUUAGGGUUGCAGAUGUAAAGGUCGGGGGUUCAGAGAAAGCAGGAAGCCUCAGAUAAUAGUCAGCUUUUGUGAGCAGCAGCGCCCGCUGCAGCUUUGUUUAGUUUUUGGGCCCAUCAGCUAUGGGUCUUUCCACUACCAUCAGAACUUGGGUUCCCUUUUCCCGGGAAUGUGGCCAUUUACCCUCUUUUUUUCUCAGGUUUCCGUUCACUGGGAAUCUGUUAGAAGUGCUAGUUUCUUCGUGGCCACCGUUCCCUGAGAAUACAGUAGCCAAGUUCUGGUUCCAGGUUUCUUUUCUUUUUUUCUUUUUUCUUUUUUCCCUUAAUGUUUCAGGGUGUUAUCACUCGGUGUUUUAGUUCAGCAUCAUGACUACCAUGGUUGGCUGAAGCUUUUUCGUGAAGUCCCAGUGUCAAGUCUGUCCAUAUCAGGCUUUCAGUUCCUUUGUUUUUGUAAUCAUGUUUCUGAACGUGAUGGUUGGGUCGCUGUUUUCCUCGAAGGGUGGGUUACCAAUACUGGUCUGUCUUUCUGGUUGCUUUUGGCAGUUUGACUUUUCGGUGCCUCGUCGUCUAGGGUUUUGGCCGUGGCAGCAAGUUAUACAGUCUGCCAUGACAACCUCCUCUUUCAUGAGGGGUUGCUUUUUUAUCCAAGCCCUAGUUUUUUACAGGCUCCAUUUCUUCAUGAACUGUAUCUUGCAACCUUUUUUUAUCAUGUAAUGAAAUAGAUAUCCACCCUUUUUGUGAUGUA